AUGGACCUACUAUCAUAUCCAUGAUUCUCCACAAUUUGUGAGAGAUUUUCUUAUUUGCUGUAUUGAAAGUUAAAAUAGUGCUAAUUUGCUGAGAAAUUGGUUUACUAGUCCUAGGAGAGUAGCCAACACGCAUGCGCGUUUUGUUUCCUACGCUCCCUACCCCCUCGAGCCACCAGGGGCUAGUCGUUGGAGCGCAAUGGCGGUGCACCGGGGACCUUCUUCGAAAUGGCUCUUUUCCCGGGAGCAACUAGAAACAACGCCGUCCCGCCGCAGUGGAGUCGAAUCUGAUAGGGAACUUUCUUACCGACAACAAGCCGCCAACUUAAUUCAGGAUAUGGGCCAGAGACUCAACGUCUCUCAACUCAUCAUCAACACUGCAAUCGUUUACAUGCAUAGAUUUUAUAUGAUUCACUCUUUCACUAAGUUUCAUAGGAAUAUCAUCUCCCAAACAACCUUGUUCUUGGCUGCGAAGGUGGAGGAACAACCCAGGAAGCUUGAACAUGUCAUCAAAGUGGCCCACGCCUGCGUCAACCCCCAGGAUGCACCACUAGACACCAAGAGUAAUGCAUACCAUCAGCAAGCUCAGGAGCUGGUGAUACUAGAAACGAUAGUACUGCAGACGCUAGGUUUUGAAAUAACAAUUGAACAUCCUCACACUGAUGUUGUGAGAUGUUCCCAGCUAGUGCGAGCAAGCAAGGAUUUGGCACAGACUUCCUAUUUCAUGGCUACCAACAGCCUCCACCUCACCACGUUCUGCCUGCAGCACAAGCCCACAGUCAUCGCCUGCGUCUGCAUCCACCUGGCCUGUAAAUGGUCCAACUGGGAGAUCCCGGUCUCCACUGAUGGGAAACACUGGUGGGAGUAUCUGGACCGCACCGUCACGCUCACGCUGCUGGACGAGCUGACCAAUGAAUUCCUGCAGAUUCUGGAGAAGACGCCCAGCAGGCUGAAAAGGAUACGUAACUGGAGGGUAGGUUCUGCUCUCACAACUGGUGCCACACAAGCUGCCAAGAAGCCCAAGAUAGACAGUCAAACGGGCGACACCUCCUUCCAAGGGACCUCCUCAUUGGACGGCAUCACCGGUGUGGCCGGCAGCAACUCAUUCUUCUCUUCGUCUCUGUCAGACUCUGGGGAGAUGGCUUCACUAGACGACAUGUCUAUCCCGUUCCCUCCCUACCAGGCCCUGUCUGGGGACCACGCUGAGCUGCUGGGGCUGGACCAGGGCCUUGCCUUUCUUCCUCAAGCCAUCCCUUCAAAGUACCCAUCAGGCAAACACGAACACAAAACGGCCAGUGCAGGCAAGCACCCACAGGCGCUACCCAAUAACCCCUCGCCCUUCACCCGGCCCCCACAGAAACUCUCCCUGGAUAAGUAUAGAGAGAAACAGGCAGCAGACCUGCAGAACGGUGUCCGAGAGGAGCAGAGCGGUGUGGACAUGUACCAGUCCCCCGCCCUCCCUCACCACCAGUCCCAUAAAAGACGCUCCCAGCCUGGGCAGGGUGUCUCCCAGCACGGGGACAGCAGGAGGGACAAGGCCAGCUCUAAAAAGACACGAGGUCUCCCACCACAGGCCUCGGCGGUUGAGAACGGCGUUGCGGCCAGCAACGAGGAGCUAAAGAUGAGAAUCAAAGUAUCAGCUGAGAGGGACCAGGGCGGCCAUGUUGGUGUCCCACAGGGCAAAGAGAAGUACAAAGACCACUCUGGCCCCAGCAGACACCCCAAGCACGGCCACUCGCACCCCUAUUCUCUCAGCGGGAACGGCCGAGGGGCCAUCGACCCCGCCCUGGCACUCAGAGUCCUCGGGGGCCAUGGUAGCGACCUAGGGGGCUCCAGUUCCUCCUCCAGGAAACGGGCCAACCCUGACGUCAGUAGUCAUAACAACCACCACCACUCUGCUAAGAGCAGCAGGAGUUCCAAAGGGGCCGGAGGCUCCUCCCACUACUCUUCGGACGGUGGUGGUGGCCCGAGGACUGUGGAGAGACACCACGGUGGCCCGGAGGGGUCAAAUGGAGUGCUGGGGUCUAACGGCCAACACACCGACUACAAAGACACUUUUGACAUGCUGGACUCUCUGCUAAGUGCCCAGGGAAUGAACCUGUAAAUUCAGACAGUCGUUUAGCCUGGGUGCAGGCUGUUUGGCUCUCUUGCCAACUCCGUCCAAAUAUGUUUGGCUUGACAUUUGAGUUGGCAAGACUGGACAAACAAAUCUGGAUAGUAGGCUUGGCAGGAGUUGUUGGAUAGAGAUCAAAUCAUUCUGGAAAAAAAAGUUUUUUAUGAUUUAAAAACAAGUAAAACAUGAUUUUAUAACUUUGAAGUUAUGUGAAAGUAACUUCGUCACCCACCCAGUAAGUCAGUCCUGUCCACACACGGUAAUAAUUACUGAUGCUUUAAGGAUCUUCAGAAAUGUCCACAACAUGAUAUAUACACAGUGCUGUAAUGCUACUUGUCUGCUUGCUAAAACCCCCCGGGAGCCACGUUCACUGGUUCUGUGAUUGACAAAAUUCCAGAUUUGAAUUCUGUUCUUUUAAAGAGAGAUAAAGAGAAGUCUGCGUUUCUAUGAGUUAGUUGUUAUUAAUGAUGUGCAUGUUUCAAUCACAUAAAGGGAAGAUAGCAGCCUGGUGGCGGUUCAGUGGCCACGUAAAUGCGUGUAUGUUUUUGUAUGUUAAGAAACAACCUUAUUCCUUGAAAUACUCAGGUCUUGAAUCUUUUUUUGAUAUAAAGAAGGAAAUAAAUCUUCCUCUCUUGGCGUAAUACCUGUAUCUGUAGAGAUGUAUAACUUCUGUCAUGUUGUUGGUUGAAGGCUGCAGAAGUACAGCAUCUAUCUGACCGUAGAGGCUGUUUCAGUGUGCUUGUCUUCUAAUGGGAGGACACGCAAUCCAACUCAUCACACAUGGCUAGUCAGAGGACAUACAAAGGCCCUUUCCCAGAUCAACACCUCAUAGACCCUAUGUGUGUAUCCAAAAUGGCACCCUAUUCCCUAUGUAGGGCACUACUUUUUGACCAGGGCCCGCAAAGUUCCCAGCUGGGAAAAACACUGGGUCCUGAUCAAAAGUAGUAUACUACAUAGGGUAUAGUGUGCCAUUUUGAGAGAGACACCCUUUAUGCGCUUGUGGGAUCUUGUGCUUAGGGUCUAGGGGUCGAUUGGGGACUGGACCAUAUGCUGUCUACUGUCCAACUAAGUGGAUGCCAAAGGCUGUGCCUCUAAAACGUACGGCAGAUUAUUCUAGAGCUAUAAAAGAAGUUUACGUUAUAUCUGCUGUGAAGUGCAUUUAAAAAGAUAUCUCGGCAUAUUUACAAAAAGCCUUGUGAUUGUAACAAGUCGUCAACAAGUUGCUAUUCUUCAAUAUUGAUAAAUGUCUAAUUAACCAACCGCCAUCCUAUGAAAAGAUCUCUAGAGGUGAUUGUAUAUAGGACUGCAGUUCUGAGUUAUAACUAGCUAGUCGGUUGACUUGUUACACCCUCAGACCACACAUUCUAUUCUGCCAUAACAGUGUAUUAGGAGGUCCUAAAGCGGACACUAUUGAACAAAUCCUUAAUAUGUGUACUGGGAACCCAAAUAAACGUGUAAAACUGUCGUUUUUACACACAAACACA